AUGGCACCUAAGAAGAACAAGAAGACCGCCGACAGCAUUAACUCAAGGCUUGCCUUGGUUAUGAAGUCUGGCAAGGUUACUUUGGGUUACAAGUCCACCCUCAAGAGCCUCCGUAAUGGCAAGGCCAAGCUCGUCAUCAUCGCCGGCAACACUCCUCCCCUCCGCAAGUCCGAGUUGGAGUACUACGCCAUGUUGAGCAAGACCAACGUCCACCACUUCUCCGGAAACAACAUCGAGCUCGGUACCGCCUGCGGUAAGCUCUUCCGCUGCUCCACCAUGGCCAUCAUCGAUGCCGGUGACUCGGAUAUCCUCGCUGCCAACCCCGCUUAAGCGAUCAAAAAUAUGACCGUCGGAUGAACGCAGAAAAAAAGAAGGAACGCGAGAGAAAAAGGGAUGGAUUGGGA